GCCAAAUACAGCGCUUCGUUGGGGAUGAUAAAUUUUGUAAUAUAAAAGAGCGCGUUUUUGUUACCCAUAUGAUAAAAUGUCGAUGUCGUUUUCUUCGGCGCGUCCCAGGAAUAAAGGAGAUGUGUCGCAGCAAGCGAUCCAGAAGAUGCUGGAUGAAAACCAUCAUUUAAUACAAUGUAUCAUGGACUACCAAAGUAAAGGCAAAGCGGCUGAAUGCACACAAUAUCAGCAGAUUCUGCACAGAAAUCUUGUUUACCUGGCGACAAUAGCGGAUUCCAAUCAGAAUAUGCAGUCCUUACUUCCUGCUCCUCCCACUUCAAAUAUAUCCAUGGGUCCUGGAGGAAUGAGUGGCGGACAUACGCAAGGCAAUCUCAAUGACAACAUGGGGCCAGGUUUGACGUCGACAGCGAUGAUGCAGGGUCAAAUGAGCAAUGGCCCGAGCCAUGACCCCAUGCAACACCAGUUUGCUCAGGUGCACCCGACUUUUCCCUCUGCGUCCCUCAACUUGCCUGCCAGCAGCUACAAUAGCUUGGCCUCAGCCUCCGGCUACAACCCCACUGUGUCCUCUUCUCAGGGCAACAUGAGCCAAGGCCCUGGGCCUGGCUAUGGCUAUGCCUCCUCUUCUUCCUCCACACCCUCCUCCUCUUCUUCUUCCUCUUGCAGCAAUCUCAACAUGCAGUCCAGCCAAGUCUCCCUGCUACACCAACAAACUACAACGCCACUUUAUUCCUCAACCGCCUCUGGAAGCCAACAUUAUCAGGGACAGCAGACUAUGGGCAUGAUGGGUCAGGGCAGUCAAGGAAACAGUAUGAUGUCCCAGAGGCCCAUGGGAUCUUACCGCUCUGCACAGCCAGGAUCUGCACAGCAGUACAUGGGACAAGACGAGUUCUACGGAGAGCAGUAUGGACACACUCAGAGCUCCAGCGAGCCCAUAAACCAGCAGUAUUACCCUGAUGGUCACGGAGAGUAUUCGUAUCAGCAGUCGUCAUAUGGUGAGCAGGGUUAUGAGAAGUCCUUUGAUGAGUCUCCACAGCAUUACUAUGAAGGAGGAAACUCUCAGUACAGUCAGCAGCAGUCUCAAUUUCAGCAAGGUUCUGGUCAGCAGCCUUUCAGCCAGCAGCAGUUCUCCUCUCAGCAAGGCUACAGUGGGCAGCCACAGGGAUAUGGAUCUGGCCAGAGUGGAUCCUCGCAGUAUUCUCAGUAUCAACAAGGUCAGUACGGGUCUUACCGCUCUUCCCAAGGAGGACCAGGAACACAGGCACAGAGGCCCUUUCACUAUGAACAGGGUCAGUAUGGAAAUUAUCAGCAAUAAGGUACCACAUCGGUUUCCUGAUCGAUGGAUUAAAGUAUGAAAGCAGCUCCAGUAAUGGGAAUUUUCUUGGUAAAAUUACAUCAGAUUAAUUAUUUUUUCAUCAGUUUCACCAAAAACAGUAAUGUUUUCCAUGUUGCCUGGCUGCAGCAACUACAUGGUGUGAUUCUUCUUGUUGGAUUAAAAAAAAAAAGUAAAUUGAAUGAAAUUUAAUCAGGCACUAAAAGCAACUACUAAGCCAGAGCAAUUUGUUUUAUUGUUGCCUUUGCUGCUAUUUAAUUGCCUUUUACUUGCCUUUACUCUUUCCACUGCUUUCAUUGUAUUUUUUUUAAGAAGAUUAUUUGUUUUGUUUGAAAAAUAGACUUUUUCAAUAAUUAAAAAGCACACAUCAGCCUUGAAUUACUUUCAAGGCAGAUGUGCCUUUUUUUGAUUGAUUUAAAAUGCAAGCUUUGUGCUUUACUCUUUUGGAGACAUUAUUCACACAGUUGCCCAUCACACAUGAUUAAAACAUUUGAUUGAAGACAAGGCACAGUCAUCUAAUGAUAUUUAAUACAGUUACACAUUUCAACAUGUUUUGUCUGUAAUUUUGUCUGUUUUUCAAUGACAGUGGUUUAUUUAAUGUAUUUUUUUUGGCGAAUAGUAGCAUGACUAAAGCAGUUCUUAUAACACAAUCCUCAGAAAUCCAAAGCAACGCAGGAACUGAACUACACUCAACAAAAAUAUAUAUGUGGCACACCGGUGCAAUAAUCAUACUGUUUAACCAUCAUUUUAAUAGCCCACACCUAUGAUGUGGAUGGAUUCUGAAUUCCCACUACCUCAGAUUCAGACAGAUUUAUGAACAAUAUUUCAGAGAAAUAGGCCUUGUGUUCAUAGAAAAAUGGUAGUAAAAACAAGUGUUGCGUUUCUAUUUUUGUUGACUCAGUGAUAGUGUAAUACCCAAACACAAUUCUGCCAUGUGUUUAUAUUAUUUUCCAUAGAAAAUGUUUUAAGUUAUUAAGCAUUAACCUUUUAUUUAGAUUACAAAUUUUAGAUCACAACUAUCUUGAAUAAGAAUAGGUAUUAACAGUUACACUGUACUGCUCCAGUAGGUUAAAAUUACAAAUCAGGAAUAAGAAUUGAAGUAAAGGUUUUAUACUGUAUUUGGUUAUUUGUACACACUCGAUUUGCUUGAAGUAUUUAUUCAAGCAUGGCAUUCGAUCUACUGUAUGUUUGUCUGUGAGCAUAUACGGCCAUAUACACAAUGUAUCCAGUGUAUUCCUAACUAUGAACCAUAUAAGGAAGUCCGCUCCUCUGUGAUGUCACAAAGGAACGGUUUUAACCACGCCUUUUCAAACUGAGCGUUUUGAGCCAUCCUAAACUUCUUUUAGGUUUCACUUCCAAAUGCGCAAACCUCAUUAUCUGAAACUUUGGCAUCAUUUAACAUGAGAAUACAACAUUCGAACUACAUUUAUAGGUCAGAAAAGUGGAAAAAGCGUAAUAGGUCUUUCCUUUGUGUCGUAUGGCCGCCGCAUCGGAGCCGCGACUGAUUCAGUGUGAGCCCAGGGUUAUACAAUAUGUGUUUACAAGAGGCUUAUUGACUAAUUAUUGUCGAUAAUUUCAGCUGGACCACAUUCAGUAUAUGUGGUGAUGGAGUAAACUUCAAUGUUUCUGAUGUACUUCAAAUUGUCUUCUUCUUCACUCGGUUAUAUAGUUCAGGAAUUACUGUUUGUGAUAUUUACAUACAUGUACGUUCUGAAAUGUUGUUUUUUCAACCAUAUUAAAAGGUUGCAUUUCUUUUACAAUGUAGCGAGCGACACUGGCUAUGAGCACGCACCAUUUUGCGCUGUUUUGUUUAUAUUUACUUUACGGUACAUAUAUCGGUGAUACAUCAUAAUCGGCCUGCCGAUAAAUGGGUCAGGCUCUAGUUUGCAGUAUGUCCUUAAAUGACGUUACCUCAGAUGCAUAAUAGGACAGAGACAUUGCUGUAAUUUUGCAUGCAGUAUGAUACAUGUACUUACUGUACGUGUCAUUUAUACAUACACAGCCAUUAGACAGACGGACUGACUAUGUUCCACAACAACAGUGACAAUCACUUUGCAAUACAAUACAUUUGUCUCAGUGUUUUACUGUUAAUAGAACAACAUCGUGUGUUGACAACACGUGUAUGUGCGUUUGAAUGAGAACGUUGGGAAUGAAAUGGAAAAUUCUAAUAUGAAUGUGACUUUGUUGUAAGCUUGCAAUGCGUAGGAUUUUUUGCUGUCUUUUAUUACACUUGUUAUAUAAAAUUAUACUGAUACCCGA